AUGGCGCGCGACGGCGAAGACGCGGACCGGGGGGUUGGUGAACGCGCGCGGUUGGUGGAGACGCCGGGCGCGCGCGAGAGCGCGGUCGGAGGUCAGGGGUGGAUCGGGCGCGGGGCGCUCGCGCUCGCGGCGUGCGCGCUCCUCGCGGGCGCGGCGACCGUCGGUGGAUUCGGAUCGGGAGAGGGUGUGGAUGCGAUGGCGUCGUUAGGGGAGGGUGGAGCGAUGCAGAGCGUGGGCGCGGGGGGGCCGCGGCGCGCGGGCGUGGGCGCGGCGGCGACGACGGCGCAACGCGCGCUCGGCUUGCCUCCGCAGCAGUACUCGUGCGCGAUUCAGAAGAAAACGGCGAGAGAGGCCAUGUACGCCGCCAAUGUUGGAAGCACCCCGUUUUUGGGGUGCAAUGAAGAGCGCGGGGGGAAGUGCGCGAAGGUUUCGACGAUCGCGGCGAGAUUAGGGGCGCUGAGCGAUCACGUGUACAUCAUCUGCAUGAAGUGCAACAUUGUCAAGGUUCCGGAGGAGUGGCGAGACAAAGUGACCAUGGUCCACGGCUCCGACGUCGAUCCGUGCUACGGUCGUGAGUGGCAGGAUCACUGGCACAAGGCGUCGAUGUCGCACGUGCACGCUUUCACGGAUGCGAUGGUGAAGCGAUACAAAACAAUCACGGUGUUGGAGGAGGACGCAAUGACGCGCGAGCCCAUUCAGAUCGCCCCCGAGCAGCACUUCGACGAGGACGGGGUGCGACGUUUCCUCAUGAAUGACGAAUCAUGGAGCACGGUGAGAUUAGGGUACAGACCGUACUUUUUGGAGGAAGAAGCGAUUCAGCAGGUUCGCGACCAAGUCCCGCCAAAGAAUGUCAAAUUCCACUGUCCGGUGGCGUGCGAGUGCACGGUGGUCGCGAGCGGGGCGUGCAUGAUCGAGGACGGGACGUGCGACAUGCGUAGCAGCGAUUUCUAUCUUCUUCGCAUGACGCAAGCGACGCAUCUUACCAACGCCGUGCGAGGCGGCUCCACCAUCGACAUGGAGGCCAUGCGAAGGCUUAAAAACCAGGUGUACAUCGUCCCGCAGCUCAGUUUCCAGGGCCACCUCGAUCGGUCGUGGCAGCAGCAGGUGAACAUGGCUCGAAGAUUCCGACAGGAGUGUGCCAAAGAAACGAAAACACCAGAGGCGAUGAACAUUGAAAAGGACGUCGAUGACGACGCUACUGGUCGAGACUCGGCGCUCAGCAAACCACCCGAAAAGUUGAAACCGCUCGGCAGGGCGGAGAAGGAGUCGCAGAAGCGCGCCGCCGAGCGCAUCGCCGAGCGCAUCGCCGAGCGCAGAAAACACGCGAGUCUCGAAGUCGAACAUCCGAAAAUCUGA